AUGGCUGGCCCCAGCCCCGCCCACGCCCCUCUCUCUGCCUCUCUCUCCUUCGGUGGCGUGCACCUCUCUCCUCCCUACGGAGACAGGAUGAAGAGGCUGCGCGGAUGCUUCAAUCCGAAAGAUUUGGGUACGGGUGAAACGGACAGCCCGCUCGACCCUCCAGGCUUGGUCUUUUAUUGGGUAGCAUUUUCAGGGGGUUUUGUGGGGAUUGAGCAUAGAUUUGCUGGAUUUGAAGUUAUUUUAUUUCGAUGCUUUCUUGAGGCAGGGCCAACAGGAUCCGAAGAUGAUGAUACAAGUUUCACACUGACCGUGGAAACAUUUAGCUUCGAAGAGUUCUCUGCUGCAACUGAUAAUUUCAGUAAGAACCUCAGAAUAGGCUCAGGGGGCCAAGGCAUAGUCUAUGAAGGCCACUUACCCAGCAUUGGACAGCGGUUGACAUCCCUUGAUUUUGCCUAUAAGCAAAGGGCGUUUCUUAGGGAGGUCUAUGUGCUCAAUUCCCACCCUCACAUUGUGAAACUGCCCGGUUGCUGUUCUGAGGGAACAGAACGGCUUCUUGUGUAUGAAUAUGAAGAGGGGGGGACUUUGCAUCAACGUUUGAGUGGGACCUUUAGUCCAAAGAUUUCUGAUUUCGGGACCGCUAAAAUUGCCCCAGCUGGGGAUGAGCUUAUUGCAGUAGCAUCUGGAAUGGUGGGAAUGGUUGGAUAUAUGUCACCAGAGAUUGCUAAUCAAACAAACCCGACAGUCAUGUCAGAUACCUACAGUUUUGGGGUUGUGCUCUUGGAGCUCAUUACUGGAAAGACUACCAUUGAUGAGAGUAAAGAAGGAGAGGAACGGAAUCUAGUUUACUGGAUUAUCAUUUCACAGAUAACACCUUUGCAGGCCGCAAACAAGAAAAAGAAUGGAAACUUUGAGGAACUACUUGAUCCAAGGUUACGUGGCUCUGUAUCCAGAAUGGUGCUCAGCGAGUCUCUUAAUGUCGUGGAUAAGUGCAUUGAGAGCGAAGCUGUUGGUCGGCCUCAGAUUGGAGAAAUCAUUAAGGCCCUUCGCCAUGUGGUGUCCAUAUGGAUGAUACUCCGGGUGCAUCGUCAUCAGCAGCGAGGAUUGCUGAUCAUAAGAAGGAGGAUAGCAGCAGGUAGGCGGCUACGCGGCCCCAGUGAGCGGUUGCGCUGCCCUCGUCGAUACUCGAUAGGGUGGGUGGCACCCGUGGUGGAGGCAGCAGAGGCGGCCAUCCAGGCCAGCCCAGGCGUGGCGUGGCACGACCGGCCCGGCGCACAGCCGUAG